CAUCCACGAUAACUGCUAACUGUAACAGCGUCACUCUCACUCAGACCAUUUUCCGCAUUGGGUUCUUCAAACCGCUUUUUUUCUCGAACCGGGCGGCGGCGGCGCUUGCGGCGGCACUCGAUUGAGUUGUAGAAUGCGAGUGAUCGGAUUCCGAAAUGGCUUCGAACCCUUCGCUUCUCCCUGAGAUCGGACCCGAUGGUCUCGCUAAAGAAGCUCCCGUCAUCGGCUACACCGAGAAGAUCAUCGAAGCAGAACAGCUUCAAUUGCAGAAAUACAUUCAAGAAAACUAUUCUAAAAUUCGUGAUGUGGAGCGUGAGCUUGCAAAUCUUUCACUGGAGAUGAAACUAACAGCUGGGCCGAAAAAAGCAGCUCUUGAACAUUUGAGGAAGAAAAUAGAGGAAUCAACAGAAAGAAUCCGGGUGGCCAAGCUAAAGGAAGAACAGGCACAGAAGGUGUGGGAAUCAGCAUCCAAAGUAGUAAGAGAUGAGGAAGCAUUAAAGCAAAAGUUAUGUGAAGACUUGAGUAAUCUGGUUCAAGAAAGCAGUAACUCUCAGUUUGCUAGGCUGGAGGAAUUAAAAAGAAGAUUGGAAGCUUUGAAUCCAACUCGCCCAUCAACUAAUCUUUAUCAUGAUGGGAGAUCAGGAGCUUCUUCUCAGAGUAGUACACCCCAACCUGGUUCCUCUGUUCCCAAUGCCAAGGAAUCAAAUGAGGGAUCAACCGAGAGUGUUCCCAACCAAAGUAAUGGUCAGAAAGUUGCAGUAACAAAUGGGCCUAAUCAGCAGCCUCAUAAUGAAGGCGAAGGCAGAAGUAAAAAGAAAGUCAACUUCCAACCAAAAGGAAAGGGAAUUGGUGCUGUGGCCAAGGGUAGAUCUUCAACUCCUGGCUGGACUGGGGCUGGCUUCGAUGUAGAUGGCAGAACCUGAGAAUACUAUAGUAAGAUAUUAUUGCAUUAAAUUCAUUUUAGGUGAGAAGUCCAUAAUUUCUGUGCAAGGUAUAUAUGUCCUUCGGUCCUAUGUUCUUGUAAGUUGUAACCCAUUAACUUGGAAGUGUAAUCUUCUUUCCCCAAAGGAGUAUUUCUGUGACAGUUGGUUGAGGCAGACUAGUUUUUUGAAAAUAUCACCUGAUCUUUAAUUUGAAAUGAAGAAAGUCACGUUAGAUUUAUUAUUAAAUGCACCAUCUGAACUUUCAAUUUUAAUCCGAUGAUUGUAAUUAAAUAUUUUCUUUUUC